CUUCAGAGAAUGCCGAUCGGUAUGACCUAACAUCUACAUGAAUGAGACAGAAAGGUUGGAAGAUUAGAAUGUUUAUUGAUUUGGUUACAUCAACACAGGAAUGAGUGGAUAUUUUUUCCAGUACAUAACUGUUGUGGUCCGAGAUUUUAUUUUCUUCCACAAUGAUGUACAGUCUACCACCAUAGCUGUAGCCAUUGCCAGCUCUUUGUGCUGUUCCAUUGUGUGGGCUAUUUGUCACUUGCUGACCAUCGGGUCCUCCUCCCGUAAAGCCAACAAAAAGAGGGCUACUGCCCACACUACUGGUCAUGCCGGGGCUAAAACCAAACAGAGGAAAACACCCAGAAAUUCCUCAAGUUCUGAAGAUGAUGUCAUUAUUAGUGAGGAAAUUGAAGUUCCCUGUGUUCAGUGUGGGCAGUACAUAGCAGAUUAUACCUGUAGAUUUGUUACAUGUAACAUUUGUUGUCUAGCACCCUCAUCAUGCUCUACUCAUCAUGUAUCAGAAAACAACAGAAGACCUUACAACACAAAGAAGAAAGGAAUGACAGAAAUAAAUUUAAGCAACAGAGAAAUCACAGAAUGCCCCUACAGAAUGGGGUACAUUGGUUCUCAGUUGACCCUCCUAAACCUGUCCCACAACAAUCUGAGUCAUAUCCCAGCAGAGAUAGGCUGUCUGAGGGGUCUACAGGAGUUACUGCUGAACAACAAUAACAUCACCUCUAUACCAGACAGUAUUGGUUCUUUAGUCAACCUUAAAGUGUUGAAGUUGUCACAUAAUCAUCUUAUAGGUCUAGCAGAAUCACUAACUAGUUUGUCUAACCUUGUUCAUCUUGAUGUUCGAAAAAACAAACUACAAUCACUGCCCUCUGGAAUGGGGAGCCUGGUAAAACUGUCGUGUCUAAAGAUGGGCUCUAAUUCCAUAUCACAUAUACCAAAGAAUUUAUACAAAUUGACACAUUUGAAGGUUUUGAAAUUUGAAAAAAAUAGAAUAGACAGUUUGUCAGGAGCUGUCAGUAACCUGUUGGAGCUGGAGUAUCUCAACUUGUCACACUGUCAGCUAUCUACAAUUCCCAGAGAGCUGGGCUCCUGUAGUGCACUCCGAAAAAUUGACAUUUCCCAUAACAGAAUCACAGAUAUACCUGCACAUCUUGGCCAGCUUCGUGAUUUGACCAGACUGAAUCUAGCAGGAAAUAAUCUGCGAUACAUUCCAUCCACUCUGGUGCUUGGCACCAUUGCAGACUGUAAUGUUUCAGAUAAUGACUUCAUCUCAAAUGAGCAUUCCAUAACAAGUAUUCCAAUGACAAGUAAAAUUCCACCACUGCUGGAGUUAAGUGCCAGAGCUACUGUACACAAUCAUUCUAUGGAUAAAAUUAAAGAAUUGCCACAGUCUUUACAAGACAUGAUCACAAAGAGAAAGUACUGUGUGAAUUGUUACAGGCCAUGUUUUGUGACUUUCCAAAUGACCUUGACAUUCCAGCAGUUAUCCAAAACAGACAUUCCCACAGUGUCUUUAAGGUGCCUGUCAUGUACAUUGAGUCAGUGUUAAAGAUAAAUUUCACUUCAUUUUCUACAAAUCUAGUCAUACCAUUUUUCUGUGAUUUGUGUUAGUGAUUAUUAAUUGUAUUAUUUUUUAUGAAUUAUAUUUUUUUUUAUUAUUAUUAUUGAAAGGCUGCUUCAUAAGAUGCACAUAUAUUUUUAAAAUGCUAUUCGAAGCACAAGUAGCUGGUCUACAGGUUUUAUAGUUUCAGUGGAGAUCUCUGUUUUAUGGGGGAAAAUGAAAUGCAAUGUCAAUGCAUAUUUACCUUUGUACUACCUAUCUAGUCAUUUAUAAUAUAGUCUAUGUUCAUGCCAAUUUUAAUAUCCUUCUUAUUUAUAAUGCUGAAAACUUGCACUUUUAAAUAUCUUUUUUCCUAUUUGAGAGAGGUACUGAAUAACAUAAUUUUUGCAAUUAAAAUAUUUGGUGAUCUUCCAAGGUUGCUUUCUGUUCCAUGUUUAAUUUUUUGGUGGAAUUCUGCAAUAGGAAAGAUAAAAGGUUGAAAUAUUCACGAUCUUAGGUUUUAAAAUUCUUGCUGAACUGCAAAAUUGGGCAUUAACAGAAAUAUCCAUCAAAAAUUAGUCUCUCAUUUUCAUUACAAAAAUAUUACAAUUUUCCCCUCUGUUUUUUUUUUUUUUGUUUUGUUUUCCUAUAGCUAGUAAAUAUUAAGAAAUGUAUUGAAAUGAUUUAUGAAAGCUCUUAAUUGCCAAUAAUUGAAUUUUAUG